UCAGUCACUGCUGUGGCUGCUACCACAAUCAGCUGAGAGUUUUUGCCUGGUUCCAGGUUUAACGGUGUUUUAACAUGCAGCCCCCUCACUUUUCAAGUUCCUCUGCAAAAUCUGUUCUUGCUCAUCGAAGAGGAACAAAGGGUAGUGUUGCAAAAUCCAGUUGCCACGUUACACAGCAUCUUCAUAGCCCCUCGCCUUUGUUUAGAUCAGUGUGUGUUUGCUGCCAACACUCCCUGGGUGACCUUUCUUUCCCUGUGAAGGGAGGGGGUCAGCACAUUGCAUUCUCAUCUUAACCCUCCCUUUACACUUUAAAGAUUUCUUUUCAGCAGCGUUCCUGGGCCAAAAGCAAUGAGGUCGUGCAAAUGAAUGGACACUUCAAGAAAGAUACCGGUUGGCAAAGACUAAGGUUGUGUGUGUGCAUUACUGACUUAAAACACAGCUUGGUCAUUCUCCCCCCCCCCCCAAAUAUGCAUCGAAGUUCCUUUGGGACAAAUGCUUCAAAACACAGCAUUUCACAAGAAACAACAGGACACCUGCGGGAUGUGGCUUGUACAGUGCUUCCCCAAGCAGUGGUGGGUGCACAUUGGAUACAGGGUAAAUGGAAGUGUGUGCACAGCCUGACACAAACAGCAUCUCAAGCAAGAGAGAGCAUGAAAUGAUGGUGGGAAGCAUGAUGCGCACACAGUGAAAUCAACACGGAGGAGAACAUGCUUGCCUUUCACAGAAGGCGCGAUCUGCACAGAUCCGCCACCCUGAAAGAGGGCCACUGCGGUGUAGUAGUUAAGAGUGUCAGACUAGGACCUGAGAGAGCAGGGUUCAAAUCCCCACACAGCUAUAAAGGCUCACUGGGUGAACCUUGGGCCAGUCACUGCCCCUCAGCCCAGCCUACCUCACAGGGUUGUUGUGAGGAUAAAAGGUGCCAGAAGGGAAACUAUGUACGCCACCUUGAGCUCUUUGGAAGAAAGGUGAGAUAUAAAUAUUACGACAAUAAUAAACAUGGGAUUCCAAUGGUGUCUGGAUGUAGCCCACUUUAUGGAAGGAGCAUCAGGAGAGUCCUGUGGGCACAGAUCCACAGAAAACCAACAUUCCUUCUCCAACAGCAAGUCAGCAGGGCACACCAGGAAGAACUCUGCAUAGAAUCACACCAGGAAGAACCCUCCCCGAUUUCUUGUCUCCAAUAUCUGGUAUUCCGAGGUAGUCUGCACUGGAACAUGGAGGCUCUACGAAGCGAACUCUGUGUGUUGUUGGGGGGCGGGCAAGGCAUCCCAUUGCAAGAGAGGAGAGCCUUCCAGGGCAGCAGAACGUGCAGGAAACUCUUCCAGGUAGCACACAGCCGCUUCAAAGCUCCGGGACGGCGGCAGGAAGUGUUCCCAGCUACCAGCACGAUCCCGGGGAUGAAACGCCCGCGACGCGCGAGGCAAAGCCGCGAGGACGUCAGGAAGGACUUCAGCCCCAGACGUGGGUGGUUUGGGACACGCCCAAUAGGUGCGGAUCUCCUUCAAGUUUGCACAAACACCCUAUUGCCAGCCAAGCUGGCUCCGUCACAUGACCCCCUCGAAACAUGAAACCUGGCCGGGCGAUCGGGCAAGUUUUGCUUCUCGUCCAACACACGAGAAGUCGCCUGGCGGGCCGCGCGCAAAGGCGACGCUAAGGGGAUCCGCGAGGAGGCGAAGCAGCCAGGGGAGUCAUCAGGGGGAAUCCAGCCUUUCUCUCUCGGGAACGAGGAAGCCCCCCUCAGUCCCUGCCGACUCGGAUGCCCGUUUGUCCGAGGCAGUCGCCUCGCCUGGCAGCAUGGACAAGUUCAAUAAAAUCACGGUGCCAGCGGGACAGAAGUUCAGGCAACUUCAAAAGAUAGUACAUGAUAUCAAGAAAAAUGACAGCGGAAUAAUGAGCAAGUUCAAAAAGUUCCAAAAUGAACAAAUGGCCAUAAUUUGCAAAACUGGAAAAAAUACAUGGGAUCGGCUAACAAAUAAGCCACCACCAAGUGUGCCACCAGUAGAUUAUGGAGAGGAAGAGGAACAGUGGUCAGAUGAAUUUGAGAGUGAUUAUGAGAAUCCUGAUGACCACUCUGAUUCUGAGAUGUACGUGGUUCCCACCGAAGAAAACCCGGAUGACAGCUAUGAGCCCCCACCAAGCGAGCAGGAAAAGAAGAUUCCAGCAGCCUUCUCAUGUGCUGGAGGAGACUAUGCAGACAACAAGCGACCUAGUCCACAGAAGCCUUGGCCCGUCACCAAACCACUGCCUACUUUGCCAAGCAACUCUUUAUCUAAACCAAAGAAACUGGCCACUUUGCCCUUGCCACCUGCUGCUCUCAGGCCAAUACGACCACCCAAGCCUAAGGAUGAUGAGGCAGAUUACGUUGUGCCUCUAGAAAAUGACGAUGAAGAAGAUAAUUAUAUUCAACCCACAGAAGAGAGCCCUCCGCAGCCUAAAAAACCCCCAGUGGUGAACAGAUUGAUCAAGCCGAUGCAAAAACUCGAUCCUCCCAGUUCACCAGCAUUGCCUCCCGUUCCUGCAUCACCUUCAACAUUAGAUGUCUAUGAAAUUCCCGAGGAAGAGGAAAAAGCGCUGCCUCCAUUGCCCAGGAAUUCCAAGCAACUUCCUCCAAAGCCUGGACAGAGGCCUGAACCCAGAGGACACUCGCUUGAACACAAUGCGGCUAAAGAGUCAUUUAAACCUGACGUGCCCAGAAAUGUUUUGCCACUUCCUAGGAACCGGCCUCCACCAAAAAUUGAACCUGAUAGCCUCGGAAUACAAGAUGAUGACAAUCUCAGUAGCAACAGUGCUCCAGAAUUCAAGGCUCCUUCUGCUACAGUCCCAUCUCCAUUUCCACGGAUUCCGAAAAAAUUACCAAAUCCAGCACUGCCAUCAAAACCAAGCCUUCCUGACAGAGACCACCUAAGUGUUAUUGAAGAUAAACCUAUACCUGCUGAACGCCGGCGAGUUUCCAAUCAUGAUAUCCCUCUUCCACCCAUCCCACCCAGCUUCCAAAAACCGCUGCCUCCGAAGCCAGCGACACUGCCAAGACCACCAGAACCUGUGAACCGCACCUCAUGUGCUCCACGUAGUAGUAGCAGCCUGCAAGGUGGUUCUACUGCAACAGAACAGGAUGCCAGCGUUCAUGGUAAAGCAUGGUUUAUGGCUUCAAGUGAUCGAAAAACAGCUGAAGAUGCAUUAUACAAAUCAAACACGGAUGGAUCUUUCCUAGUAAGGAAGAGUUCAGGACAAGACUCAAAGCAACCAUAUACACUUGUUGUGCUUUAUAACAACAGAGUAUAUAACAUCCCAAUCCGAUUUAUUGAAUCAACAAGACAGUAUGCUCUGGGCAGAGAAAAAAGUGGCGAAGAGCACUUCAACAGUGUGGCUGAAAUAAUAGAGAAUCAUCAGCGGACUUCUCUCGUUCUCAUUGACAGUCAAAACAACACAAAAGACUCAACCAAACUGAAAUCUAUUGCUAGAGUAUCGUAACUGCACUGAAGAUCCACGGGGGGAAAUCUUCCAGCCCUUAUCUUCUGAGAAAUUAAGAUUGAGCAUCUUAAUAAGCAUGCAAAGCUUUCUCCAAAAGCUUUACACCAAGCACCAUAGCCUGAGAAGUUCACACAAUUUGUAAGAGGGGAAAGAGAUUUUAUUUGAUAUAGUUACCCAGUCUUUGAAUAACCUACUGGUUGGUUGAAUUAUGAAGUGGCAAUUUUACAGUCACACCAGCCUCUAAGUUGUUAUGUACUUGAAAGUACUUAGGUACUUUUAAGAUGUUCCAAGUUCAGGUAAAUUAUUCCUUGACAUACGAUAUAUUCAGAAGAACUGUACUAGCUACAUCUUAACUGUUCUUAAAGCAACUUCUUGGGGAAAAUGCACAUUUGUUAAACCAGGAUGUCUAUGCCAAAAUGAGCCAUCAUGGAACAAGCUAAAAAUUGGACCUUUUUCCCCUGAGACAGGUCUAAAAAUUCAGUUUUAUUUAAUUAAUGCAGAAUAUUUGUAUUGGCUUCAACUGUCCUAGUUGGGAGCAUUGUUACAUGUUUAUUAAAUGUACAUAUAAAUAAGAAUAUAAAAAGCCUGAUAUCGAGCA